GCUCGCUCACACUUCCAUUAGGCGUCAGCUACUUAAGUCCAAGUUAAUUAAAACUUGCACUUAACGGAUUGCUCGCUCGUGGCGAUCUGUCGUUCGUGCCCGGUCAGGCCGACCUAGAAUUAAUUCGCGACCACGCAAACGCAGAUCAAGCAUCGAAUAAACUUGGCGCGCCCCGCCCUGGCCCCGUGCAGAGCAUCGGGCCAUCGAUGUUAUACGCCUCUGUGUUCUUGAUCACGACAUCCACCAUCACGUUGCGAGCUAAAGCACCAGCGGACAGCGGUAGCCUCGCUCUCACAUCACAUCUCAAGUCGCCGUCGUCUUCUUCUUCCUGCUGCAGCUGCGGAUUGAUCGAUGCACCAGAUAGGGAGCGGCAUGUACGUGUCCGGCCGCGCGCCGGACCCGGACAAGAAGAGGGAGCGGCGGCAGCUGUCCUCCGGGUCGGUGGCCACGCCGCCGUACACCGGCGGCGACGUCUCGCGGUCCGGCGAGCUCGGCCGGAUGUUCGACGUCGCCGCCGCCGCGUGGCUAUCGCAAUCGCAGGCGCCGUCGCCGGCCUCGUCCUCGCGCCGCAGCUCCGGCCCGCUGCAGCAGCCGCCCGGGCCCUCGGCGCCGUCGCCGGCGGCUUCGGGCCCGCUGUCGCAGCUCUCGCACUCGGGCCUCCUCGUGGGCCCGUCGCCUUCCCCCGGUCCGUCACCGGCCCGCGCAGGAUCGUCGUCGUCGUGGAGGAAGAAGAAGGCCGGCAGGAUGCGUUUUAAGGACGCGGCCGCGGCCGCGGCGCCCGUCGUGGCGCGCGGGCGCGCGAGGCUGGGCGUGCCGUUCGCGUGCUACGUGCUCGUGCUCGUGGCCGCGGCCGGCGUGGUCGGCGCCGGGGUGUUCUGCCUCGUGGCCUGGCGCCGGUGGGAGGCGCUCGCGGCCGCGUGCGGCGUCGUGGCGUUCGCUGCGGCGUUGUUCUCGUGGAACGUGGCGCGGUGCGCGGCGGAGGUCGAGAGGUUCUUCCGGCGGUCCCCCGACACGGUGUUCGACGACGGACAGGGGGACUGCUUGCCCGUCGGCGAGCUCGUCAAGAUCACCGGGCAAGUCACCUGCGGCCGAGUCCCUGUGGGAGCCUGCUUCCACGACGGCGCCCGGUGCGUCUUCACGUCGGUUCAGAUGUACGGGCGCCGUGGUUGGGCCUGGGCCUGCUGCUGCCGCCGGUGGCAGCUCAAACACUCCGAGGUCAAAUUCCUAUCCAACCAAGGCGCGGUCGACGAAUUUCUACAUCUCCGACAGGAACUCCGGGAGGAGGUUCUACGUGCGCGCCGGGGAAGGCGGUGCCAAGAUGACAUGGAUGAUCAAGAAGAACACGGUCAGCUUCGACGGCGGCGACAGCAAGGGCGCGCCGCGGCGGAGCCUGGAGAACUGGGCGGCGAGCCACGGCCUGUCCUGCGCCGGCGCCGUGCGCGUGGAAGAAGGGUUCAUCAGGGAAGGGGACACGGCGAGCGUGAUCGGCGUGCUGAAGAAGCACCACGCCUGCGACAUCGUCGACGCGCCGGCCGGCGUGGUGGCCACCGGCUGCCAGCCGGCGAGGUGCAUGUUCCCGGUCCUCGUCGAGGGGCUGGUGCUCAUCGGGAGCGAUGACCCCGACGAGGCCGUGUACAUGGUCUAGCCGCUGACGCUGCUCUACUCAAGAUUUGUUAUUGCAAGGGUGGUUGGUCUCUUGUUGCAUUUCGCAGUUUCAGUGCUGACUGACCGACAGGCGACAGGGAGCGAGGAUGUUUUAUUAGCACCCUCGCGGCUUAUAUGCUUCCUGCACAGAAAGGUUUGCCUUACUCCGUAGCAGUACUAAUUAGUUGAUGGAGAUGAAAUGGUGUAAAUUAAAGUGGUAGUAUUUAUAGGCUUGCCGGUAGAGUGAAAGAAAGGGGUCCUUGCUGCUACGGUAGCAAGUUCUCUUUUCUGGAGCACAGCUUGGUCACUUUUUGGAUCAUGGCGUGCUUAAACCGUUGUAAUCUUUUGAGACAGGAACAUAGUUUUCACAUGUAAUCGAUUGGUAUUUUGCAUUAUGCUAUCUUUCAAAGGAGAGUUUCACAACCCUCA